UUGGUGGUGAGUGGUAGCGCCGCAGCGCCGCACCUCCGCCAUUUGAAAGCCAGCGGCGAGGAGACACGUUGUGCGCGGCGACCUUCCUCUGCUCUUCCUCUUCCCCGGCCACACCAGUGUGACCAAGCAAGCAAGCAAGAGAGCGAGAGAGCAAGCAAGGGAAAGAGCGUCAUGCUGCCCAGGAGUUCAAAGCGGAGAGUGGAGGGGGAUGAGGUGGAGGAGAGAGGGAGGAGUGUGGAGGAAGGCUCGUCAGGGGAGGAGGAGGCAGGGCGGGGAGCCACUUCCCCUAAACGUAAAAGAUUGGGUUCAGGAGAGAAGGCUAGAAGAGAUUACACCGAAGACUCAAUGGAGGACACUAAAGAUUCUAACGAUUGGGGAGGUGAGAGUGAGCGCGAGGGAUGGGGAGACCGCUACUCCGACCACGACUCCGGCAGUCGCGACCGUUACUCCAGCCGCUCCAAUGUGAAGCCCGGUGACUGGGACUGCCCCAGCUGCCAGUUCUCCAACUUUGCUUCACGCACCGCCUGCUUCAAGUGCAGGACCCCUAAGGAUGGGGACUCGUUUGGCUCCGGCGGACGCAUGGGUGGCGGCGGCGGCGGCGGCAUCCGUGACAUGCGCCCCGGCGACUGGAUGUGCCCCAAGUGCCAGUUCCACAACUUCUCAUCCCGCGGGAUGUGCUACAAGUGCAACUCCCCUCGAGACGAACUCGCAGGGGGUGGGGGAGGUGGAGACCGGUACUCCAGUCCCCGCCGGCCUGGGGAGUGGGACUGUCCCAAUUGCCAGUUCUGCAACUUCUCGCACCGCGACUACUGCUUCAAGUGCAGGUCCCCGAGAGAGGAGGGCGGCCGUUCCAUGGGUGGUGGCGGCGGCAUGAACGGGCCCAGGAGUGGCAUGCGGGCCGGCGACUGGGAGUGCCAGCAGUGCCAGUUCCACAACUUUGCUUCACGUGACCAGUGCUUCAAGUGCUCCUCCCCAAAAUGAUGUGGACAAUGGCAGCCACUCACCCCCACGAACAUCUGGACCAAGAUGAGGAGGAACCUGACAUUGAGGAGUUUUGCAUGAAUACCACCGUCGGUAUUUAUUCUCACGGUCUUUAAAAGUAUAUAUUAAAAGGGAGUCAUUUAAGGGUAUAAACUAAUGUGCUACUUUUUUCUUUGUUUUUGUGUCUUUUUCAAAAUUUACCAUGUAACGAGUUAGAGCGAGUGAGCGAGACAGAGAUAGAGAGAGCAAGAGAGAGAGAGAGAGCGAGAGAGGCUUUACCAUUAAGGAGGAUUGCUCAAAGAGUUUUGUGGUGAAGGUUCAUUUGUUCACCAAUCUGAUGCUUAGCAAGGCUCAGCGCUGCCUCUGGACAUGCCACCAACAGCCGGUGGCCAACGCUUGUUACCGCUUGACGCUGCCGGGCCGGAGUACCACCCGACAGUGCUGGGCCGCACCACUCUGCCCUCAAGUUUUGGCACCAAGACGUCUUAAUUUUUUGAUGCCACUACUGUCGGACCUCAGACAGACACAGCUGCUGCAUCACUACCGGCAGCAAGGACAGCAGUUGCAAUACCUCGCCACACAACACCAGAGGGAAGCUUGUCUAGGGUUAGUCCAGCGUUAGUGUUACUUAGUGUUGGGGCCUGCGUCCAGGGCUCACUACCGCUUAAGUCAUAAAGUCACGUCACCUCGAGGGGAGGAAAUCGGCCGCAAAAUUAGGAUUGUGGAGAGUCUUGGUACAUUGUGUCCAGUACAAUUAAGGUAAAUGUUUUGUUUCAACCUCGAUAUAUUCUAUAUAUACACACAUACACAUACAGGAUUUUAGGUUUUCCUUUCUUUGUAAUUACUUUUGACGGACAUCUGCUGACACCCACGCCCGGCACCGGCAGUCCCCCCAGUGGCGCCUUGGCCUCACCUUGGCCUCACCGCAGUGGGGCUUGCUGACCACCUGCCCACCAGACCCGACCCGACCCGACGCGCCCCUGCCCGGCCUGUCCGUGCAGCGACGGCAGGCGUGGGCAGGCGUGAGUCAUCCCAAGACCGUGACGGCAGCGGGCGUGGGUGGCAGCGGGUGUGUCGCGUGUGGGUUUACAGCAGCGCGCUGGCGGGUCAGAAGUGGAGUUACUGUAUCUUUGUCGGAGGCUCUGAUGCUGUACCUGAUCUACUGUGAAGGGCGUGUAAAGAUUUAUUUUAGUAUAAGAAAUUCCCAUCAAUGUCUGGAGGGGAGGUGUGCGGUAUUUUGGCGUCUUUGUUUUUGCUUCUUUUUUAUUAGUUUUUUGGUGGUCAUGUUCUUUAUACUUUUUUUUUUUCAUAUAUAUAUUUUUUUUUAAUCUUGAGAGCACAGGUUGGAGGUUUUGUGUUGAGGCUUCAGUUUCAAGUGAUCCGUAAUAAUAAAUAAUUGUUCUGAAAUAAAAGAGAAAAGGAAGAGUUUAAGGUUUUGUACAGAAAACAAAAUAACAAAAAAGUGGUAACAGGUUGUAGUGUUUUGUAAGUAAGUGAGGAAUCCUUUACUGGUGACUUUUGUAUCCAGCUGAAUGGAGACGUUAAGUGUGAGUUGUGAAAAUGGUCAAGGUCAUAAUGGGAAUGAUGGUAACAACAACAAUAAGUAACAACAACAACCAUCAUCAUCAGGCGUGGUAUUCAAACCUAAUUUUAUUCUUCUCAUUUUUUGGUGCAUUUAUGUUCACUGGCCUUUUAAUAACGAAGUGCAGUGUUAUUUACGCAUACAUAUAUAUAUAUAAAUGUAUAUACAGUUCUCCUACGCGUACGUAUGACAUUGAUGUGCAUGUGUUAUAUCUUACGUGUAUUAUAUAUUUAUAUAUAUAUCAGUAGGGAAGGAGUGUUCUCUACCGCCACUAGCACUUAACAUUGUGAUCGGAGGUUUAGAGGUCGUAAUAAAUGGCAGAACUACA